UGCUUUGGAAAUCAUCAUCCUGUAAACACCAUCAUUUUUUGUUUCUCUAAUUUCAUUCCAGACAUACCAGUCAUCGUCCAGUGCAGUGCGUAUUCGAAUCCUGCCUCGGGCUGUUUCUUAUCUGAACAGUGUCGCAGCAGAAAUACUUGCCGAGCAACUACCACGUCUCUCCAUCCCAAACAUCAAACAGCGGAUCAAUAAUGGCCAAGGGUACAUCUUGCUUUCGGAUAUCCGUGUAUCGAGGUACAAACGCGCUUCCGUGCAUACGAUUUCCACGUCGGCACCAAAUAAACUCACCUGGGUCAUGAAGAACUUGAAUAUGGGGCUGAUUGGUGAUUUAUCCGGAGAAAUCAAUAUCGUGGUUCCAGUGAAGCUUGAAGGUGAAGCCGAAGUGUUGGCGCGUGGUGUUAACUUCCACCUGGAGAGCGCGUUGGAGCGGUCACAAACGGGCGCCGCACGAGUAACAACGAUUUCCUGUCGAACAACAAUUCAAACUAUAAAUAUCGAAAUUUAUAAUGGCGGUAUUGCUGGACUAGCACUCAACUUGUUCAAGGUAUUAAAAUUUGAUCAAAACAUCAACGGCAGGUUUUUCUGGAGUGCUGCCCGCUCUGCCCUACGGGGUAUCCCAUCCCGGACUUUCAGAAAACGAGGCAAUCUCUGCGCAGUAAUUUCGAAAUUUCAGCAAGCAAUUACGGGGCAUAUUCGACCAUUUAUUCAAGCGUUGAUAUGCAAAAAAAUCACUCUCUUUAUCAACGAGGAUCUCAAUAACAAGUUAUCACAAACGCAGACAAAGACAUCGUUGGCGGACGCGGUCCGGACUAACACAUUCGGAGCCCUCCUUGGACUACCCGACAGUGCGCAACUAAUCGAAAGCUUCCGCUCAUUCAACAUCAAUGCCACUUACCCUUUCUUCAACGUGACGAACUACUCUGCUCUAUCAGCACGAAAUGUGUUCUUUUCCAGACUCAGUGAAGAUCCCGUAUGCUAUACGGAUACGGUGGAAAUAGCUAACCUGGGAGAAAUUUCGAUAAUAGGAGCAAACAAAAACACCACGCCAUUCGAUGUUCCACCAAUGACCUGGAAUACGAGUUCCGAAAAUUCGAAUGCAAUGAUACAUCUGCUGAUAUCCGAUUACAUCGCCAACGCACUACUUUAUCAUGCCUUCUCAGAGCACUUAUUGCAAUUUAUUGUGGACGAGCGAACAGUAUCAUCGCUGGGCCCCUUGCUCCGUACGUCGUGCUCAUCCGGAAUAUGUUUUGCAGAUCUCAUACCAAAACUAGCAGAGCAAUAUCCGGAUAACAAAGUGCGGCUUGUUUUUACUCCUACUCGAGCGCCUGUGGUGCUUUUCCAGGCCAAACAAGACGGGAUACUGACCGUAAAUGUGAAUGGUUUGGUGUUCUUGUAUAUUGUAUCAGCGAAUCAAACAAGCCAACAAGCUGGAGCGUUUUCUCUAGAUAUCGUUGCCAGUACGCAUUUGCAUAUCGAAAACAACACAUUGCUUGGCAGGACCACAAUGGACAGUUUUCAGUUACAGAACAAGUAUGGCAAUAUGAAUAUCAGUGAUGACGAGCUUUCCGAUAUUGCUUUGUUGAGCUCCGAGAUGCUCCAGCGCUCCAUCAAUGACUUCUUACGUGCUGGAUUUCCAAUACCAAUCCCCAAAGUGAUGCGGAUCAAGGCAACAGAACUGCGGUUCCUGGACCGGAGUGUGUUCGUAUCCACGGAAUUCGCCCUGGAUCGCAGGCGCGUGAGUGUCAUUGCGCUAGAAGCGUUUGCGGAUACCAGAUAUUUUCCACGUAGUACAAAAAUCCAUAGCGGCAGCACUGGUGAUAUGCACGAAUGA